CCUUCAACAAACCGCCGUUAAGAACAUCCGAAAUUCAUUUUUCUAUGGUAGACAUCUCUCCCCACCACUUUCUCAACAAAGAAUAGAAGCUGCUGCUGAAAAGAGAAACAUGACCGUUAUUGCGCAUCGCCGUGUGCGCCGGAGAAUUUAAUUUUUAACGGAAAACCAUACGUUACAUUGCUUAUCGUAAUAUUUAAAUGUUAUUUUGUACACUUAAAACUUUUGUUUAUUGUGUUUUAUUUCCCAUUCCCAAUUGACAGUGAAUUAGUAAUUAGUGCACAGUACUAUUCCGUAAUCCGUUCACCGUUGUGGUCGCCGCUUGCCCGUCGGUGUAUUCCAUAUUAAAAUAUGGAUUGUCAAUCGACAGAUAUAUUUGAAAUUUAUAAGUUGUUUUCGUCAUUGACAGAAAAUGGUAUUACAGAAAUGGACAAUGGUUUUCAGGUACAAUCUUCCAAACUAGAUGCUGUUUAUAAUGAAUUAUUACAAUCGGCACAGAAUGUGCCUGAAAAAAAUAUAUCCAAAAGACAAUCUAAAAUAAAAAAUGAUCAUGUUGGAGAUCUCUUUGCUACUGAACCAAGCUUUCAACAACCAGCUGUUCCGCCUAUCCGCAGAACUACAAGACAAGCUUCUAUUAUUGCAUCAGAUAAAGUGAAAGGCACUAGAGAAUCCUCAACAAUCAGCAGCUCUGGACCAUCUACAAGAGCGAGUCGAGCAAGAGCUUUAUCUACAUUUAUGGAUAUAGCUCCUAUUGCUUGUCCAACAGCGAAUUCAACUUUCGUAGUCGAUAAAAAAAUGAUGAGAAAUGUUGAAGAACCUGUUUCUCCAGGGAUGUUUUCUCCAGACAUUGGGACCCAUAUAAAGGAAACUAAUGCCAAUAAAACUUAUGAUUUGACUAAAAGAUUGUCGGCAAAAAAUCCUACAAAAAAAUUGGGGAUAAUUAUUGAUUUACCAGAAGAAUCUCCAAUUAGUACUGAAAAUUCUACACAACCUAAAACAUUAAUCAAAUCUAACCCUAAGAAAAAAAGUCUUGAAUCUCAAACUAAAAAUAAACGGCGUGAAAAAUUAGAAGAUAUUGAUGUCAAUAUAGAGGAGAAAUCGCAUAUGACCAGAACAAUGAAAAGAAAACUUCAAGAAGAAAAUAAUAUUGAUGCCAAAAAGCCUAAUGUAUUGUAUGUGCCAUUAGAAAAACAAAUAUCAACUCCAGGAAAAUCAUUAGAAGAUAUUCAAGCACAAACUCCUCAUCAAAUCAGAGAAAACGAAGCUGAAAAAAGAAAAGAAUUAUAUCUUAAAUCCAAGGCAGAUCAAAGGAAAUUUGAUGAUCAACAUUUAAGGGCUGCUAAACACAGAGAAGAUCAAAUGAAACGUGCUGAAGAAAAAAUUAAAAAAACUGCCGAAGAGAAUAGGAAAAAAGAAGAAAAACAAAAAGAAAAGGAAAUGAUGAUGAAAGAGGAAGCAUUAAAGAAACAAAAGCUAGCAGAACUUCGAUUAGCUGAGAUUAAUGCUAAACGUAAACUAGCCGAAGAAGCAAAACAUUUAAAAAUAAAAAAACUUGAAAUGAAUCGCAUUAUGAAAGAAAAUGAAUUAAAGAAGAAAAAUGAAACAAAACCAGAAAAAAGUAAAUCAGUAAUUCGUCCUAAAGCAUUAGGUUCAAAUAUACCUGCUUCAUCAGCAUCAAAAUCAGCAACAUUACCAAAAUCAAAAAUUGAUAACAAAAAUGAUUAUGGGUUAAAUGAUGUAUCUGCUCGUGAUUCUUCCGAAGAUGAAUCUGGGCCCAAAAAACCUGUUCCAAACUGGGCAAAACGAGAAAAUAGAAAAGCUGUACUUGAACUUCAAUAUCAUAUUGAUUCUAAAGAAAGGGACUUAUUCUUUGACUGUCCUAAAAGUAUGAGUCUUAAAGAAAUGUUCAAAGGCUGGAAUAUCCGUGAUAAACAACGCACAUCAAGUGCAGUUUGGAAUACACCUCCUCGUUAUAGUGAAUAUAUUCGCAGAUAUUAAUUCACUUGUAUUAAUCGAGUAAAAUUAUGUUAUUUUUGUAAGAUUUUUUUUAAGAAUAAUUAAUAAUAAUUUUACUGUUCUUGUAAU